AUGUCCAACCAAGGGUUCAAGGCCAUCCCUUCGAGAGAACGUGGUCUAUCUAACUCAUCGCUUUUGUCCGGUCGAACAUUAUUCUCUAGAACCCACCAUGACGCAUCUGUUUCCCGAUCCUCGGCUCUCUCCGAAAACACAUCCAGUAUACUCAACGGAUACGCUGUGAAACCUUCACCUUUGACAAUUUUGCUGACUUUCCUGGCUUCUAUAUCCGGGUUUAUGUUUGGUUAUGAUACGGGCUACAUUUCCUCGGUGUUGGUGAGCAUAGGCGCUGAUCUUGGUGGAGAUGGACUCUCUCUGACCAACAGAGAAUACAUCACGUCUGCCACUUCUUGUGGUGCUUUGUUUGGAGCGAUAGUUGCUGGUACGUUGGCAGAUGCCUGGGGCCGGAAGCCGGCUAUUAUGGGAUGCAACCUGCUGUUUAUAGCUGGUGCUUCCAUGCAAUGUGUUGCCAAGACAGUGCAUUUUAUGAUAGCGGGGAGGCUGGUGAUGGGCAUUGGGGUCGGAAUAGGAUCACUGAUUGCACCUCUUUACCUGUCAGAAUUGGCACCUUCGAAGUUUCGAGGAAGAAUGGUGAUUAUCAACUGUCUAGCCAUCACCGGAGGACAGCUGAUUGCGUAUGCCUUGGGGGCUCUUUUCAGCUAUUUACACAUCACUUGGAGAUUUCUGGUUGGAUUCUCACUGAUACCAUCUAUGGUACAAUUGGUGGCUUUUUUGUUUCUUCCAGACACUCCGAGAUACCUGAUAAUGGUUGGAAAGACAAACCAAGCGGCUGAGGUCCUACGGAAGAUUUACUUGGAUGCUCCUAAUGAUUUGAUAGCGGCAAAUAUCGCCGAACUUUCUUCGUUCAACUCUGAUUUGGACCUAGAAAAUGAAUCGCGUCUUCACAAAAUUUGGAGUAAAAUCAAGGAGAUCCACACGGUGCCCUCCAAUUUACGCGCCUUGAUAAUAGCCUGUGGUCUACAGGGGAUCCAACAACUUACUGGAUUCAACGCGCUGAUGUAUUUCUCUGGGACAAUAUUCGAGAUGAUUGGGUUUCAAAACUCUAUUGGGGUGUCAUGUAUCGUUGCGGGAACCAACUUCGUUUUCACGAUAGUGGCCUUCCUGGUGAUCGAUAGGGUUGGCAGAAGGCGGAUCAUGCUUUGGACGGUUCCGGGAAUGUUGGUGUCUCUUUUGGUGUGUGCAUGGACAUUUUCGCAUCUGGAUUUCAACACCGAUGAAAGUGUUUCUGUGACGGCCUCCAGGGCAGUUUGGAAUCUCUUGACCGUUGUGGGAAUGAUGUCGUUUGUAGCAUUUUACGCUAGCGGUCUUGGAAAUGUACCAUGGCAGCAAUCGGAGCUAUUUCCUCAAUCUGUGCGUGGCUUAGGAACUUCCUACGCUACAGCUACUAACUGGUCGGGAUCUUUGAUACUAUCCAUGACCUUCCUUACUAUGAUGGAGAAACUGACUCCAUCAGGGACGUUUAUAUUUUUUGCCUUUGUCACGCUUGCGUCGGUGGUUUUCAUCUACUACUGUUAUCCAGAACUUUCGGGAUUGGAGUUGGAAGAAACUCAGGACCUGCUCACUGGUGGUUUUAACGUUAAAAAGUCCGUGCAGAUGGCUGGAGAGAGAAAGGACAUGGCCACCAAACUGGCCUCCUUCCAGGACAAUGUGACCCUUGACGUUGUGUGA